CUGUCACUCACGGCCCGUGGAGCGCGGGAGUAACGUGUGCGCGCGUGUGUGUAACGUUACCGACAUGUAGGAUGGUCACCGCUCGGUCAGCAGGGUGUCGACAGGUAACCGACGCUAACUGAGGAAGAAGAAGAAGAAAAAACAAAACAAAACACGGGACUACACCUUGACUGCUUCUGGUCGCAUCCUCCUGGUUGAGCAGCCGCUUCUCCUGUCCUCCCCACCGGACUGCACCCCGGUGUUUACCUCGGCGGAAGACAUGGAGGAGAAGACGGACAUUCCCAACGAGCUGCUCGAGAGCGUGCGGGAGGCGGUGGGUCGCCGGGUGAAGCUGAUCCUGAGGCACAAAGUCCAGCUGGAGGUCAAAGGUGACAAAGUGGAGAACAGAGUGCUGGCCUUGGCAUCACAUCGAGCCUAUCUGCUGACAGCACGGGUCCCUUCCAAGGUCGAGCACUCCUUCAGCUACUUGGACAUCCAGGGAAUCAGCAGCAACAAGCCCACUCAGCUGGUGGUGGAGUAUGAGCGCGGACCGUGGAACCUCCGGCUGAGCUCAGUGGAGGAAGUGGACGAGGUGAUCGCUCACAUCGGCAGCUGUCUGCACCGGAUCCGUCCCGCCAGCUCACCUGUAAAGGUGAUGAAGAAGUUGAGUCUGAAGCCUCCAGAGAGGAUGGCAGCUCUCCAGGCCAUCUGGGACGAAAAGGGGUCGACGGAUCUGGGCCCGUGCGGUGGUUUCUCUCAUCAGUACUGGUGUGUGUGUGAUUACCUGGGACUGCCAUACAGAGAAGAAGUCCAGUGGGAUGUCGACACCAUCUAUCUCACCCAGGACACCAGAGAGCUCAACCUGCAGGACUUUGUGCACCUGGAGAACAGGGAUCUGGUGGCGAUCAUUGCGGUUCUAGAGCACAACCAGUGGUUCAACAAACUCUCCACCAAAGACUACAAACUGCCGACAGAUGUGUGUGACCAGGUCCUCCGAGUGGUGUCUCGAUCCAGCCGGCUGGAGGAGCUGGUUCUGGACAACGCUGGGCUCAGAAGUGACUUCGCUCAGAAGCUGGCCGGCGCUCUGUCACACAACCCGGCCUCCACGCUGCACACACUCAACCUGAGCAACAACUCACUGGAGGACAAAGGUGUUUCUGCUCUGAGUGCUCAACUGGCAAAACUGCCCAUGGGUCUGAAGCACCUGAACCUGUCCAGGACCUCCAUGUCUCCUAAAGGUGUGAACAGCCUCUGUCAGGCUCUCUGUGCCAACCCGGCUGUGGCCUCCACCCUCACACACCUCGACCUGUCAGGAAACUCGCUCAGAGGAGACGACCUGCCGAACCUGCACAGUUUCCUGAGUCACCCAAACUGUCUGGAGACUCUGGAUCUGUCCAGCAGCGACUGCUCUCUGGAGCUGGUGUGUGCAUCUCUGCUCAGAGGAUCUUUGAAGCAUCUGUCUGUCCUCAACAUGUCAAAGACCGUCUUCUCUCACAGGAAGUGUAAAGAAAUCCCUUCGUCCUUUAAGCAGUUCUUCAGCUGCUCUCAGGCUCUGAGCUCAGUCAGUCUGUCGGGAACCAAACUGCCGGUGGACGCUCUGAAAUCUCUGUUGUUGGGACUCGGCUGCAACCCGAACCUCAGUGAUGUGUCUCUGGAUCUCAGCUGCUGUGAGCUGCGUUCCGCGGGCUCUCAGAUCCUGGAGGGUUGUAUCGCUGAGAUUCCCAACAUCUCCAGCCUGGACAUCUCUGACAACAGUCUUGACAUGGAUCUGACCACCCUGCUGGUCUGGCUGGCCAAGAACCGAUCCAUCAGACACCUUUCACUGGGCAAGAACUUCAACAACAUCAAGUCCAAGAAUGUGGCUCCAGUCCUGGACAACCUGGUUCACAUGAUCCAAGAGGAGGAAUCACCGCUGACCUCUCUGUCCCUGGCCGACUCCAAGCUGAAGUCCGACCUCUCCAUCGUCCUCAACGCUCUGGGCAGCAACACCUCUCUGACCAAACUGGACAUCAGUGGGAAUGCCAUGGGAGACAUGGGGGCCAAGAUGCUGGCCAAGGCCCUGCAGAUCAACACCAAACUCAGGACAGUAGUGUGGGACAGAAACAACAUCAGUCCUCAGGGUCUUCAGGACGUCGCAGCUGCUCUGGAGAAGAACUACACGAUUCGUUUCAUGCCUAUUCCCAUCAUGGAUGCUGCUCAGGCUCUGAAGGCGAGCCCAGAGAAGACAGAGGACGCCCUCCUGAAGAUGGAGCAGUACCUGCUGAGGAACCAUGAGACGCGAAAAUACCUGCAGGAGCAGGCGUACCGGCUGCAGCAGGGAAUAGUCACCACCACCACGCAGCAGAUGAUGGACAUGAUGUGUGUGAAGGUGCAGGACCACCUGAACUCUCUGAGGUUCACAGAGACCAGCUCGGUCCAGGAGGACAUGAAGGUGGCAGAGAACCUCAUGAAAGAUGCCAGGAACUCGAAGACACUGCUCCCCAACCUGUACCACCUGAGGAGUGGAGGGUCCAAGGGAGCUUGUGUGGGAGCCAUUCAGGACAAACUGGAGUCGAUGGCCGGAGAGGUUGCCAGAGUGAUGGACGAACAGCUGCAGACGAUGCUGGUGUCCAUGGUGGACGCUGCUGAAGGUCUCUGUCCUCAUGUGAUGAAGAGGAGCAGCCUUCGCCAGGAGCUGCUGAAGGCCGGAGCGGGGAGGAUGACCAUCCCUCGCAGCUUCAUCACCACCACACUGCUGGAGCAGUCCGGGGUCGACAUCAUCAACAAGAUCAGUGAAGUGAAGCUGAGCAUGGCGUCACUGCUGUCUGAUCGUAUCGUGGACGACAUCCUGGAGUCUCUGUCCAGAUCACAGCACACUCUGGCUGACCAUCUGAUCAGGAAGUCUCAGCCUCUGCUGCGUCACGAGCCCCACAUGGAGACGGAGGUUCUGGAUGAGGUGGUCCUGCAGCCAGAGAACCACGACCAGGACCAGAAACAUGAGCUGGAGGAAAUGGACACCUGCAUGAUGACUGCUAAAUCCAAGAGGAAGAGUAUUCUGGUCCGGAUGCUGCGUCCGGUCUCUGUGGCGUUUGAGAUGGAGUUUGACCUGGACAAGGCUCUUGAGGAGGUUCCUAUCCACGUCGAGGACCCUCCUCUUCCUUCUCCUCCUCCGCAGCCAUUGGACAGGAUGUCUGCUUACUACGGAGACCUCCCACCUCCUCCUCCUUCACCGGACUCGAAGUCUGUCUGUUUGGGCGAGCUGCCGCCGGUGGAGCACGUGACGCUGGAGCAUCGCACCAAAUGUCGACCGAAACCCAAGAAGAGGACGAAACCCAGCCGACCACCUCGGGCAGCCUCCCGCGGCCCGGCGCCACAAGAGGCGGAGCAGAACAGCAUCAUGGGAAAGCUGGAUGAGGGCCUGGAGGACUUCUUCUCCAAGAAAGUCAUUAAACUCAGCUUCAAACUUCCGUCAGUGAGAGGUCCAUCCUCCAGCCCGCCGGACGGAGCAGAUAAAAAACGUGAAUCCAGGAAGAGCGGCUUCUUUAACCUCAUCAAAUCUCGGACGUCCCGCUCAGAGAAGAGCCAUGGAGCUUCCUCCAUCACUCCACCUGCGCCUGCUUCCUCCUCCACUCCGUCACCGUCUUCUUCUAUCAGCCCAGUGACUGAGGAAACACCAGAGACACCACCUUCUCCACCUGCCAGAAACCCUGCCACUGUAGCGGAGCCCCAUCAGGAGCUCCACAAGGCUCCGUCCACAGACCAGACAGAUUCUGAGAUGGAGGCCCCUCCAACCGCCGCUGAACCUGCUGAGGAGGAGAAAGAGGAGGAGAAUGUGGAGAAGAAGGAGAACCCCCACAUCCCCCGCCAUAUUGGUGUUCCUGUGAUGGGCAUGGACCUGAUGGCUGAGAUGAAGGCCAGGCAGGAGAGAAUGGCUGUAAAGAAGUCUGAGUUGCUCUCCGUGCAGGAGAAGCUGGACGGUGACAAAGCCAAGUCAGACGUCCCUCCUGUUGCUCCAGCAGACGCUGAUGAGUCCAGACCAGAACCAGCUCCCAGGUCCAAACCACCCACUGUCACACCCAAACCUCCUGUCCAGGCCACCAAACCCCAGCUGGGGCCUCGCUCCUCCGGACCUCUCAGCCCCUCCAGUCCAACCAGUCCAACCAGUCCCAGACCGAGCAGCUCGUACAUAACUGAUGACUCUCCUGAGGCUCCAGCAGUCACCAAAGGACCACUUCCUGCUCCUCGCCUGAAGAGGGCGCCGUCAGAACAGGAGAGAGAGAGCACGAGCAGCAACCCUGCAGCACCCCCGUCUCCACAGGACAUCGAGUUUCCUCUGGAUGGCGAUGCGUUCGAGACACCAGGUGCAGCGGUUGAACCCGGCGCCGGUGGCCGACAGUGGUCGUCUCUGAAGAGUUCAGCCAGUCUUCCUUCUGCGAAUGAAGACGAGCGGGAGCGAACCAAGUCCCUCCCCGCCUACGUGAGUCCUCCGUCUCCAGCAGACACUGAUCUCAGUCCAGCUGAGGAGGAGAUUGAAUCUCCGGCUGCUGAUCUCAAGUCUGACAACAGAUCAGAGGACGACUCGGACGACUCUCCUUCAGUCUGACACCAACCAGAUGUUUACAGCCCGUCUGUGCUCAACUGUCAGAGGAACUUUAAGGUCAAUCAGACGCAGUGAAAAGCAGAGACGAGGACAAUGAUUACUCUUUUUUAUUAUUCCUGGUGAGGGGACACUAUAAAGACUUGUGCACACUUCAUGCUGUUAUCAGAUGAGUGAGGUGACCUUGGAUCAGUCCCAGCUGUCCCAUCAGAUGGACACCAGAACAGCUCCAUUAGCGUCUCUGUCAACAGCUCUAAAAGGACCAUAAAGAGCCGAGCUGAUGGGUUUUAUCUGGUGCAGAGACAAUCUGCAGCUGCUGAGAUAACCAGCUGUAAAGAGCUCACUUAGUCCGAAGCACUGAGGAGGAAGAGCGAGUCGCCACAGACCGCUGCAGUUUGCUUUUACUGUUUAUUUCUGUUCUGCAGGUUCACUGAGUCAGUGACCUCCACCAGCAGGUCCUCUGGGGACAUCAGUCGACAUGAAAAACAAGUUUUAAUCCUGCAAAUGUUCACUCUUGAAAGAGUUAACACAAAGUUAGACAACAGCAGAAUGAGGAGCUGAUAGAAGGGAAAUCCUGCAAAGACCAACAAGAACAACAAAGUGUCAAAACCCACAGAGAGGUCACUCUCUCAGCUGCUGCGCCCACUUCAGAUAUACAGUAUAUACAUACAUGUGUGUGUGUGUGUGUGUGUGUGUGUGUAUAUAUAUAUGUAUAUAUAUAUUAU